AUGAAUCUCUCCCGUUUCCGACGUCGUAGCAAAAUCUAUCGCCCAUUUGAUGUGUUUCUGAUUUAUGAUGAAACGGAUAAGAACUGCCAGAAAUGGCUUGAAUCCACAUUCCUGCCCAAACUCGAGAAUGGACCAAAAGCCUUUAAGAUCUUCAUCCCCGAUCGAAACAAUGCAAACCUGGAGCGAAGACUCAGCAUUGCAAGCAAUUCAACAGAGCUUAUAAAACAAUGUAAAUGCACCGUAAUGAUUGUAUCCCGGGACAUUGCUGGCAACAGUUGGAGUUCCAUGUGUCUUCAAGCAGCUAUUUCUUGGGCGUUGAAAGAACCCAGCCAUAAGGUAAUUCUUGUCUUCUAUGGAAAUGUCAACAUCUCAACACUGGACGACGAGAUCAAGAGAAAAAUCCAGAGGCGAGACUACCUCACUGCACGUGGUCGUUGCUUCUGGUACCGGCUGGAGUACGAACUGCCAAAACCCACAGUAAAUGGGCAAGAAAUAACUGAACAUGAAGCUCGCAUGGAAGAAGAUACAGCCAUCAUUCAUAAUUCGGUGGUGAUAGACAAUACGUCUUAUGUCUGA